UUAUCUCUAAUGAUUUAAAUUGUUAUGGAAAAAACAAAAGGAAUUGAAAUGGAAAACUUGAAAGGGUCAAACAGAAAACAGGGACCUUAAUCUGAAUAGUUUUAGAGGACUAAGGCUGGCUCUUAAUUUUGAAACUGAUUUCCAGCAGAAAUCAGUUAAGUCAGGUCCUGAUCUGCUUUUCUGAGUUUGUUUAUUGUUUAAAUGGGAUGUGUGCACUUGAUAAUCUUGGAUAUAAAUCUGAUGCCCUAAUUGGUUAAAAUGUGUGUUGCUUGUUAUUUCUCUUUAUUUUGCUAAUAAGCUUUUCUGUUGUUCUGGGAAUUAAAAAUCCUUUCCUUUUUAGCCCAAUUAAAUUUGUUAAGGGAGGGCCUCUAUGAAAAGGCCCUUCUUUGAGGUCUUUAAGUGGAAAUGAUUGGUUCUGAAAAUUCUUUCCUAGGUGGCUUUUGAAACAUUUCAUAGUUAUUGAAGGCCCAUUAUGAAGGCUAUCGUGAUAUCUUCCCUCCAAAAUGCUAAGGAAUAAUUUAGGCAACAGUUCAGACUCUAAAAAUGAAGACGGCUUGGCCUUUUCACAGACUGAACACAAUAUUGUUGCAGCUUACUUGAUUACGGCAGAUGGUGAAGCUAUUCUUCAAGAUGGGAGCACAUCUGGGGAAGAACAUGUAUGGGUCAAGAGAGAAAAUCUCUGGGUUCCGUUUGAGAGAAGUCCCAUAAAAAGCUGCGCACGUAUGAUAAGUGUUCUCAGCAACAUAAUAGUUCUGGGCAUCUUCAUUAAGUACAAAGAGCUUCGGACACCCACAAAUGCAAUUAUCAUUAACUUGGCUGUUACUGAUAUAGGGGUCAGUAGCAUUGGCUACCCCAUGUCUGCUGCUUCAGAUCUGCAUGGAAGUUGGAAGUUUGGACAUGCAGGAUGUCAGAUUUAUGCUGGAUUGAAUAUCUUUUUUGGAAUGGCAAGUAUUGGAUUGCUCACAGUUGUGGCUGUGGAUCGAUACCUGACCAUCUGCUGUCCUGAUGCAGGAAGAAGAAUGACCACCAACACUUACAUCAGCAUGAUUCUGGGGGCCUGGAUCAAUGGCCUCUUUUGGGCUUUGAUGCCUAUUGUUGGGUGGGCUAGUUAUGCCCCAGAUCCUACUGGGGCCACCUGUACCAUAAACUGGCGGAAAAAUGAUGUAUCUUUUGUUUCUUACACCAUGAUGGUUGUUGCGAUAAAUUUUAUUGUGCCCUUGAUAAUGAUGUUUUACUGCUAUUACCAUGUCACUCGAUCCAUUAAACAUCAUGCUACUAGUAACUGCACUGAGUAUCUCAACAGAGAUUGGUCAGAUCAGGUAGAUGUAACAAAGAAGAUUCCUCCCUCAGUGGCCAUCCUAGCUCCACUGUUUGCAAAAUCUUCUACAUUCUACAAUCCAUGUAUUUAUGUGAUUGCUAAUAAAAAGUUCCGGAGGGCGAUGCUUGCCAUGUUCAGAUGUCAGACUCACCAAGCAAUGCCCGUGGCGAGUAUCUUACCAAUGGAUGUACUACAAAACCCACUGACUUCUGGAAAAGUCUGAAAUAAGAGGAAAGCACACAUUAUCAAAACAUUUGCUUUACUUUUUUUUUUCAAUGAUUUAAUUUCACUUAAAAUCUGAGCCCAUUUCAAUCAAAUGCAGACAUAGAGGAUUGUCCUAAUAGACUGUAGAUUUCUCAUGUGUAGUUUAUAAGUUCUUCUGUUGGUGCAGUGGCCACUUUAGGGAAUGUUUCAUUGUUUCCUUAUAUGUAAACUUAUUGCUUAUCUCCUUUAGUGAAUAGAGGCACAUGAGAUUAAGGCCUCUUCUCUUUUGCCCUAUCAUGGCAUGUAUUACGCUGUACCUAGUAUCUUGCCUGGUCCCUCCAUUAGAUCAGAAGCAACUGCUAUUUUAAUG